AUGAGGGAUCUCCCAGCCAGUCCCCGACAAGGGUCCCCCGCCCUCGCACCAAGACGACUCUCAGAGGAACUCGGUGACUUCAUGUUCUCCAGCGACGAGUACGACGACGAGGAAGAGGGGGAUGAGGAAGACGAGAGCCACGACGGUAUCGAGACGCCCGCCUCAUCGCGCAAAUCUUCACAAAGCCUGGACGGCUACUUUGACGAGGUGGACGCCUACAAGCAACAGCAGCUCCAGGACACAACCUCCGAGUCAGAACGCACCGAAAAAAAGAAUGACAGCCGUCCGUCCACGGCGACUUACAGCAGCCGCCCAUCCACGGCGGUCUCCAUGCCGCCAUUCCGCCGCUCAUCAACCUGCCCCGUUCUCCUGCCGGACGACUUUAUUUCCAGUGCAGCCGAUGAGGUCGUCAAGCUCAUGCCCGAACAGGCAGCGUUUAUGAAGCGCAUGGUGGCAGGUUGGACAGAGAUUCAAAGGCGGUCAUCAGUAAGCACCACCAUAUCGCCCAUGUCGCCGGCGAGCGCAAUAUCGCCGGGCACGAUAAACUCGCCAAAGAGACCGCAUACAGCGCCUUCGCCCAUGUACGCGCCUCAAAUGUGCUUCGCGUCAUUCCCGCAGGCUGUCCCGGAGCAGGAGGAGCCUGAUAGUCCCACAGAAUCGGUGGGGAGCUUUUCCAAUGUGGUGGAGCGGCUGGACAAGGUCGAGGAGACGCUGGAGGAGCUGAGGGACUUGGCUAAGCAACAGGCCGGCGCGGCGAUUGCGUCAACCUCGGCGAGCGCGACCGAGCAGAAUGCAAAGUUUGCCGUUGUGAACAAGUGCAUCGACACGAUCGGCAGGGUAUGCGAGAGGGAGCAGGAGGUGCAGAAUGAUUCGCAGCUGGACAGGAGAUGCGUUGACGCGCUGAUCCAAAUCUGCGAAAUGUUUGCGCGUCAGAGCGCUGACCAGGACCCCUAUCGGUUUGGCUCUAGCUUCAUGGCCGAGGAGAGUGAGGAUGACGAUGUUGAGUACGAGGGCGAGGACGAGGAAGAGGAUGGCGGGAGUGAGAGUGACGGUGAAAGCGAUUAUGGGUCCGACGACGAUUAUGAAGCACACCCAAUAGAUUCGGACCCGACCGAGUACGAAUCAGGAGACUUUUUAGGGAAAUCUCCAACCAUCGAAACCGACAAAACCUUGCCUCCUCUAUCAGGAUCAAGGACGAGGUCAUCAACACCAACUCAAGUAGUACCCGCAGGGAUCCGAGUCGAGGCUCCCGAUACGCCUCGCCGGCGAGCUCGACUGGUCCGCGAGGCAAAAGCAGAGCUCGAUGCCCUCUUCUCCGAAUGGGCUGAGCCAAAGAACUCGUACGAAGAACGGCACUCGCGUAUCGUAUACGCGACGGAGGCAUACCAUCUGCGCCUCGUAGACAUGAAAUCAGCUCACGAAUGCGAGUUCAAGUGGAAAAACGAACUGAUGAAUUACGAAGAAAAGAUGAAGGAUAGAGGCGCCUUUGGUCCCAAUGUGUGGCCCAUUGUGGAUUUGGCGUUGCCCAUCGCUCAAUGCCUGCUGAGUGUGACGCUGCUGUUGGUGCACUUCUUCGGCCUGGACUCUUGGCUGAUGGGACAGAAAGCAUUCCUCGCGUUCCUUGCUGCAUGGCUGGCAAGCGUGAUCGUGUUGGCACGCUGUACCGAGGUCAAGGCGAGAGAAACUCUGUACAAGACGAUGCUGCCUCCCGAUGCUAGGGAGAUGCGGAGCAGACACGAACGCGAGCUGGUGCUGCUCAAGGCGGCCCACGACCGCGCAGUUCAGCGCGUCUACGCACCGGAACAACAGUCACGGGCGGAAGACAGGAGCUAA